AUGUCGACAUAUAAUACAAUUCGAUCAUCUCGAUUCUGCUCGCGCUCUAUUUCAAGACAUUAUACGCAUGAAUCACUCAGAUGUUCUAGUUCUACCGCUGGAUCUAGUCCAAGAACGCUCUUAUCACAGCUUUUUCUGCCCACUGCGAAAGAAGUCCAUGAGGGAACAUCGAAGCAUACUGGACAGAGUCAUCGAUUGAUGAUUCGGGCGGGUUUAAUAAGACAAUCGUCAUCGGGUAUUUUUUCGUUUCUCCCGUUCGGCCUGCGUUCGCUUAGAAAAGUCGAAAAAAUUAUCGACGAAGAAAUGGAGAGUAUAGGGGCUCAAAAGCUAUCGCUUCCUAUAUUAUUAAAUGCCAAUUCAUGGCGACAAACUGGACGAUGGGAAACCGUUGGCAGUGAGCUUUUCCGUCUCAAAGAUCGCAAGCAAUCCGAGUUUUGCCUUGCUCCAACCCAUGAAGAAGAGAUUACGCUUUUGGUAGCCGAAGAAAUCUCUUCCUACAGACAGCUUCCCCUCAGGCUAUAUCAGAUUGGUGAAUAUAAUCAUGCGUAUGGACAAGGCAGGAAAUACAGAGAUGAGAUGCGACCGAGAUCGGGUUUAUUAAGAGGUCGUGAGUUCAUGAUGAAGGAUCUAUACACUUUUGACAAGACUGAAGAAGCCUCGAUGAAUACAUACGAAGAAGUUGUGGAUGCAUACAAAAGAAUCUUUUCUAGAAUCGGACUCCCUUAUGUUGUGGCUGAAGCUGACACUGGAAACAUUGGUGGAACUACAUCUCACGAGUUUCAUUUCCAGUCUGAAGCGGGAGAAGAUGUUGUAUUUUCAUGUUCCAACUGUGGAUAUAUGGCGAACGAAGAGCGCGCAUAUGGAAUCAAAGCAGGCGAUUUGUGCACCAGAUGUUCAGCAGAUAUACCAAUAACGAGCAGUCGUGCUAUUGAAGUGGGACAUACUUUUCUGCUCGGUACCAAAUAUUCAUCCGUUCUCAAAGCCGAGUUCACGCCAGAAGAUCCAGUUACUCCAGGCGAGAGACGACCAAUGCAAAUGGGAUGCUACGGACUCGGUCUAUCACGUAUAGUAGCCGCAAUAGUUGAAACAUCUCAUGAUGAACACGGUAUCGUCUGGCCCUUCUCUGUUGCUCCGUACAGAGUUUGUAUCGUUCCCGGACUAAAGGAUGUUAAAGUUUCUGACACGGUUGAGCGUCUGUAUGAUAUGCUGAAUGAUAAAAAAGAGUUGAAGGGCGAAAUAGUGAUUGAUGAUAGGAUGGGCUUUUCACUUGGGCACCGAUUAAAAGAUGCCGAAUUGGUUGGGUAUUCUUGGAUAAUCGUAUUGGGGAAAAACUUUCUUGAGGGUGGCAAAAUCGAAGUCCAAGACAGAAAGACAAGGCAGAAGAACUACAUAGAGAUUGACAGUGUUGGGGAUUAUGUAGUGAAUGAAUAUUCGUGA